CGGUUGGAAGGGCGGCGGACUUGGGUGGUGACAGUGGUUCUGCCUGCUCAUCCACUUGCCCAACACUCAAGUCACCACACUCCGCUCCGCCUACGGACCCGCAUACCACACGGAUCGCUUCUCUAAGCAAACGCGAUUGCAGCUUCCUGUUAUAUAAAGUCCGGGAUAGCGGCCACCUCAUCCCCGCCUUCACUUUUACCCCCACCUCACCUCAACCGCCAUACCACAUUUUCCAAUCCACAACCGCCAUCAUGAAGAUCACCUUCAAAGAUCUCAAGCAGAACAAGUUCGUAAUCGAGGCCGAGCCAUCAGAAACGAUUGGCGAACUCAAGGCCAAGAUCCAGGCGGACAAGAGCUGGGAAGUCGCCCAGCAGAAGCUGAUUUACUCCGGCAAGAUCCUUCAGGACGACAAGACUAUCGAGUCCUACAGCAUCGAGGAGAAGGGUUUCAUUGUGUGCAUGGUGUCUCGGCCCAAGACUCAAGCCGCGUCCGCAAGCAAACCUGCUCCUUCAACACCGGCUCCAGCGCCGGCCCAGACUCCUGCUGCUCCCGCCGCUCCGGUCGCCGCACCUUCUGCAGCUCAAAAUGCCCCUGGCACACCUUCACCAGCUCCGGCCUCAGACCGGCGGUUUGAUGAUCCGUCAGCGUUGACCAUGGGUAGCGAGCGCGAUGCCGCCAUCGCCAACAUGGAGAGCAUGGGUUUUGCGCGCGCCGACAUCGACGCUGCCAUGCGUGCUGCUUUCUUCAACCCCGACCGAGCUGUCGAGUACCUUUUAACUGGUAUUCCCGAGAGCGCCGUCCAGGAGCAACAGGCUCAAUCGCGCGGCCCAACGUCUCCUCCUGUGGCCGCCAGUGGUAACACUGCCGCUGCCGCCCCUUCAGCUCCGACUUCCGGCGGGGAUGAACCCAUAAAUCUGUUCGAGGCAGCUGCGCAGGCGGGCCAGGGCCGAGGUGGUGCAGGUGGUGCUCGUUCAGGAGGUGCCGGUGCAGCUGCUGGAGCAGGCGCUGGUGCAGCCCUUGGCAGCAACAGCUUGGACUUCUUGCGUAACAACCCGCAAUUCCAGCAGUUGCGACAGGUGGUACAACAACAACCCCAGAUGCUCGAGCCCAUCCUACAGCAGGUCGGUGCUGGCAACCCUCAGCUGGCCCAGUUGAUUACGAAUCACCCGGAACAGUUCUUGCAGCUACUCGCCGAGGAUGCUGACGAGGACGCGCCCCUACCCCCAGGCGCCCAGGCCAUCAGUGUCACCGAGGAAGAGCGUGAGGCAAUCGAGCGUCUUUGCCGUCUGGGUUUCGAGCGCGAUUUGGUCAUCCAGGCCUACUUCGCAUGCGACAAGAACGAGGAGCUGGCCGCAAACUUCCUCUUCGACCAGCCCGAUGACGGCGAUGACCAGUGAGCGGUCCACCGCGGACACGCACCCAAUCUCUACACUCGAUUGCACUCCCGAAACUCAUCAUCACUGAAUGAUGUCAAUUUAAGCCACGGUCAUGUUCAUCCGGAACACGGACACGCUAAGGUUUACCCAUUGCUAUGUUUGGACUUGUGGGAGUCUCCUUAUGAAAUGAUACGAUACCCUCCGUGAUGUCGGCGGCGGGCGUUUGAGCAGGCGGGAGUGUAGAUAGCGCGUCAGCGGAAUGAGAUGCCGGUAUCCACAACCUAGGUAUCGAGAGAAAGUGAAAAAUGUACGAGUUCAAUCCCUAAUUAGGAAGAGAUGUCGAGAGAGCCAUCUGUGAAUCCAACCCCCAAUG